UUAAAGUAUGUUUUAUAUCUUUAGAUUUUUAUAAUUUUUAUAAAAAAGACAACAUGAAUAAUGAGUGAAAAAGGUUCAGCUGACACAGCAAAAAGAAAGAAACAACAUAUAAGUAUUAGUGAUUAUUUUUCUAAAAGAAAAAAAGUGUCUUUAGAAGGAUCAACUGUUAGCAAUAAAGAGCACAAAGAAAGUUUCUCAACUGAAAAUAUGUCAGCAUUUGAAGAGUCAGAAGCAGAGAAAAUUCUUUCCAUGAUUUUAGUUGAUGCAGAUAAAGAGAUUAUUGAAAUAUCUGGACUUCAACAUUUAAAUGCGAAAGUUGAUAUUCCAAACUAUUUUAACCGUAUGCCUUGUUGCAGUAGACCAUUACCUCACCUUAAACCUUCUGAUAAUCAUUCAAUUUUGUUUGAUGUUCAUUCAUUAGGUAAUAAAGCUCCACAACCUUACCCUGAAUAUUAUAAAGAUUAUUGGGAUAAAACUCAUGUCAGAAUGCCUUGUUCUGAUGAAAAUCUUUAUCCUACAUCUGACAAAAAAAUUCAAAAGCGAUGGGAUUUAAUUGAAGAAGCACUGUUAAAAGGAUUUCAAACAUCGAAAGAUCUUGAAGAUGCAGUCUUAAAGUAUAAUCAUCAUUACAAAAAUAAAUGGAAUUUUGAAGCUUGGCAUAGCUAUUGCAAUAUUUAUCUUGAUGAUAGAGGAAGAGAUUAUUUGUUUAAAAAAUUGUUACCGAGUAUGGUUCGAUUAGCUUUGCAACUUCCAAAUAUAGUUACACAGUCGCCAAAGUUACUACAAAAAGGGAGAAAUCAAAGUUUGACAUUUUCUCAAAAGCAAAUAUCAUGUCUCCUUGCCAAUGCUUUUUUUUGUACUUAUCCACGAAGAAAUUCAUUAAAAACAUCAGACUGUUUUGGAUAUCCUGAUAUUAAUUUUAGCAAACUUUUUCGAGGUGUUAAAGACGUAGUUAAUUGUGUUAAAACUGAAAAGUUAAAAGCUAUUUUAAAUUAUUUUGGCUGUGUAAUUGAUGAAGUGAAGUGUGGGACUGUUACUUAUACAAGAAAAAUUCUAUCACCAACAGAUGAGCCUGACUGGAAAGAGUGUAACUCACUUUUUACAGAUAUCCAUGUUAGUUCUAUUGGAAACAUUGAAGAUAAUGCUGAUGGUUUAACACAAAUUGAUUUUGCAAAUCGAAUGAUAGGAGGUGGCGUGGUAGGUGAAGGUUGUGUUCAAGAAGAAAUUCGUUUUUUAAUUUGUCCUGAACUAAUUCUAGCAAGACUUUUUACAGAAAAGUUAGAACCAAAUGAAAGUUUACUUAUAACUGGUAUUGAAAGGUUCAGUACCUAUUCUGGUUAUGCUCAGACAUUUAAGUACAGAGGAAGGUUUAAUGAUCUUACCCCAGUAGACAGGUGGGGAAGGCGUUAUUCACAAGUUUUAGCAAUUGAUGCACAUGUGUUUCACUGUUAUUCUGAUCAAUUUAAAAAAAGUUCUUUAAAAAGGGAGUUAAAUAAAGCAUUUUGUGGAUUUUUAGAAAAGGAUAUUCAAAAAAAUGAGCUACCUGCUAUUGCAACUGGAAAUUGGGGUUGUGGAGCAUUUGGUGGUGACAUUUAUUUAAAAGCAUUGCUUCAGUUAAUGGCAGCUUCAAACGCUGGCAGAAAUAUAGUUUAUUUUACCUUUGGUGAUGAGAAGUUUGCAAAUGAACUUACUGAAAUUCAUAAGUUUAUACAGGAGAAUUCAUUAACUGUGGGAAAUUUAUGGAAUAUGCUUUUGCGUUAUAAACAAGACUUAAAAGACUCUCAUAUUCAACUUUAUCCUUACAUAAAAGAUUUCUUUAAAGGUGUUUCAAAAAACAUUUCAAGUAUUGAGGUUUCAUUUUCUGGAGAAGAAGAUAAUUUAGAAAUGAGAGGAAUUCCAUGUGAAAUCCCUGAUGAUAUGGAAUCAAAUUCACCGGAAUAUGCAGCAGAAACUCCAUAAUAUAUAUACAUACAUACAUACAUAUAUAUAUAUAUAU